CUGCACCCUGUCAGUGGGGCUCAGAGAGCUCGGGAACCUCCAGCUCCCAGAGAAUAACAUGAACAUCCUGGAGCAGAGUUGGAAUAAUAAGCAAAAAGGGAAUCCCCAGAUCUCACAGUAAAAUGCGACUCUCGUCUCCCUCCAGAACUCUGGGCGAUCUCUGCAGCAUUCCUUCCUGUUUGUUGUCAUGGUGCCAGCGGAGCAGCUCUGCUAUAAAAGGUCGUCUCCUCCAGGCUGCUCGGCCAGAACGACAAAGAGAUUACAACCUUCUGCAACGCCACCGCCAGAGAGGAGGGAAAAUUCAACCUCAACCAAAGGAAUCAGCUCAACUCCACUUGUCUGAAGUAAAGACAACUAAACCCUGUCUGACUUGACUCAAGAUAAAGAUGUCCAACCUGGAGAGAGCCCUUUUUGUCUUCUGCAUUUCUGCACAGGUGUUCACACUGGUCUGGUCCCAGGUAUGCCCUCAGAGGUGCCACUGCCCCCGGGAGCCCCCCCUCUGUGCCCCCGGGGUGCCCCUCAUCCUGGACAACUGUGUCUGCUGCCUGGUGUGUGCCGGUCAGAAAGGAGAGGUGUGCUCUGAAAUGAAGCCGUGUGACACUCGUAAAGGGCUGCGGUGCGACUACACAGCCGACAUCCACAAGAGGACCGGCAUCUGUGUGGCUCAUGAGGGAGACGUGUGUGUUUUGGACGGUUCUGUCUACCAGAACGGACAGACGUUCUUCCCCAGCUGUAAGUACCAGUGUAUGUGUCGUGAUGGGCAGAUCGCCUGUGUGCCGCGCUGCAAUGUGGAUGUGAUGCUGCCCGGGCCGGACUGCCCCAUGCCCAGAAGAGUUCAGGUGCCUGGAGAAUGCUGCGAGAAAUGGGUUUGUGAACCCCAGGCUGAGGCCAGUGCACUGGGCGGCUUUGCUAUGGCUGCCUACCGUCAGGAGGAGACAGUGAGCUUCGAUGGCUGGGACCCCAGCCUCAACUGCAUUGAGCAGACCACAGAGUGGGGUGCCUGCUCUCGAACCUGCGGCAUGGGUGUGUCCACCAGAGUGACCAAUAAGAACCGGCGAUGUGAAAUGGUCAAGCAGAGCCGGCUGUGCAUGGUCCGGCCCUGUGACGACCAGCUGGACCAGACACAGCUGACACAGCUUGCCCCCAAGAGAGGCAGUAAGUGUCAGAGGAUGGUGAAGAGCACCAAAGCCGUCCAGCUCUCCUAUAAGAACUGCACCAGUGUCCAGGCCUUCAAGCCUCGCUACUGUGGCUCCUGUACAGACGGUCGCUGCUGCACCCCUCACAGCACCAAGACCGCUCUGCUGCAGUUCCAGUGUGCCAACGGUAAAACUGCCAGGAGGCUGGUCAUGGUGAUCCAGAGCUGUGCCUGCCACCACAACUGCCCCCAAGACAAUGCUGUAUGGCAGGCCUCAGACCUGGCAUACAGCGGCAUGAGGCUAUAGGCUCACAUCACACACUGUGGGGUUAGAUCUGUAGUCAUCAUAUGAUAAUGAUGAGGUUCUAUCAAAUUUAAGUCUGGGUUAUAGCUGGAAAAUUCAGUAAUUCAGGAACUGAUAUGAGUUGGGAUGAUGGACUGUGACCCUCCUUUCUAUAGAUGAUAUAUUAACUAUAUAUUUUAGAUAAUAAGUCAAGGGAAGCAACACUUGCACUGCCCACCAUACCCCAUCUAUGUGUCAUAUAUACCCAUAUAAAGAACUAUAAAAGGAGUUUCUCCACACUGUGAUACAUAUCAGCAAGAGUUACAGUAGAGAGAAACAUCGUGUUGUAUUCAUGUCCAGUGCCUACUUACCUGCU